AUGGGUCAAGCUCAAACAAAGAGGAACAAAAACAAGAAUAAGAAAAACCCAAAGUUUGAUUCUUUGGAGGAGUAUUUCAUUAAAAAUGGAGGUAUUUUGCUAGAAAAACAAAUUGCUCUGAGUCAAGGCCAACAUAAAGGAGCUGGGCAGCUGAAAAUUUUCUCAAGUAAGGAUAUUACAAAGGCUACUAACAACUAUGACCCUGAUCUCAUUGUUGGAAGAAAUUCUCAUCAUACCGUCUAUAAAACAACCAUUGAAGAUCGUAUGGUAGCCAUCCAAGCUCCGUCAAAGCGAGAGUCAAAUCCCGAACUGAUUGAUUUAACCUUGACUGAAGCCUGUACAGUGAUGGUCAUGAAUCAUGACAAUAUGGUAAAACUCUAUGGUUGUUGCCUCGAGACUUUUGUACCAAUACCAGUUUACGAGUUCUUAAAUACUGACCUUUUUCAUCAUUUACAUGGUGAUACUGCAUCCAGUAAGUGUAUAAAGUGGGCUGAUCGUUUGAGGGUCGCAACUGAUACAGCCUACGCGCUAUCUUAUAUGCAUAAUGCCUUGGCAAAGCCGGUAGUGCACAGGGAUGUUAAUUCAUCUAGUGUGCUUCUUGAUUUUUCGUGUAAUGCUAAACUGGCUAACUUUGCGUACUCUGUAUCAAUUACUCCAGGGGAAAAGCCUCAAAGGUGGCCUAUUGAAGGAACACCGGGAUAUAUUGAUCCCGAGUAUGUAGAAACUCAUGAGGUGACUGAUAAGUGUGAUGUUUAUAGUUUCGGUGUUUUGUUGUUGGAGUUGUUAACUAGAAGGUCUCCUUGUUUGAUGAUGGCUAGAGGUGGGACAGAUUUGGUUGGUUUGGUUGUUUCUAUGGUGGAAAGAAAUUGCUUGAUUGAAAUGGUUGACAGUGAGGUGUUGGAACAAGCUAGUUUGGAUGAGAUAGAACAGGUUGCGAAGCUUGCAAUGAUAUGUGUAGCUAAGAAAGGAGUUGAGAGACCAACUAUGGUUGAAGUUGUUACGCGGCUUUGGCAGAUAAAAGGUCGAGAGCUGAACUGA